AUGGGAGUCAAAGGUCUCAAUCAACUAAUCAAAGAGCAUUCACCUCAUGCUUACAAGGAAUUUCAGCUAAAGAACUUGUUUGGCCGCAAAGUUGCUAUUGAUGCAUCAAUGUGUCUUUAUCAAUUCCUUAUUGCUGUACGCCAGUCAGACGGUCAACAAUUAACCAACGAAGAUGGUGAAACAACAUCACACUUAUCAGGAUUCUUUUACCGUACUAUACGAAUGGUGGAAAAUAACAUCAAGCCAGUCUAUGUAUUUGAUGGGAAACCACCAGUGUUAAAAGGGGGCGAAUUGGAAAAGAGGUUAUUACGUAGAGAAGAAGCUCAAAAACAAAUGGAUCAGAUAAAAGAUGAAGGAACAGUUGCUGAAGUUAUGAAAUUUGAAAAAAGGUUGGUGAGAGUGGGGAGAGACCAAAAUGAUGAAGCAAAGAAGUUGUUGGAAUUAAUGGGAAUACCUUAUGUUAAUGCUCCAUGUGAAGCUGAAGCACAAUGUGCUGAGUUGGCCCGUGGCGGUAAAGUAUUUGCUGCUGCAUCGGAAGAUAUGGAUACUCUAUGUUAUGAACCACCGUACUUGUUGCGACAUUUGACGUUUGCCGAAGCUAGAAAAAUGCCCAUUGAUCAAAUCACCUAUAGUGAAGCUAUGGAAGGAUUAAACAUGCCCAAAGAACAAUUUAUCGAUUUAUGUAUUUUGCUAGGAUGCGAUUAUUGUGAAACGAUAAAAGGAGUCGGACCAGUCACUGCAUUUAAGCUAAUUAAAGAACAUGGAUCAUUGGAUAACUUGGUCGAAUACUUGGAGAAAAACCCCGACAAGACGAAAUUCAAAGUCCCCGAGAAUUGGCCAUACAAGGAAGCCAGACAAUUGUUUAUGCAUCCUGAAGUAAUAGAAGCCAAGGACGUUGAAUUGAAAUGGAAAGAGCCCGAUGUCGAUGGAUUAAUUGAAUACAUGGUGAGACAAAAGGGUUUUAGUGAAGAUAGAAUUAAAAGUGGUGCUGAGAAAUUGAAAAAGGGAUUGAAAGGAGGCGUACAGGGUAGAUUGGAUGGGUUUUUCCAAGUUGUAUCUAAACCUAAAGAUAAUGGCAAAGAUGAUAAAAAGAGAAAAGGUGGUGAUAAGAAGGGACCAGCUAGUAAAAAAUCAAAGAGAAAGUAG